UUCUCUAUCUUCAUUAUUUUUUAUUUUCUUCUCUAUUCUCUUUUUUCACUUUUUUUCUCAUUUCAUCGGAAAUAUGGAACCGACAAAAUCGCCAACGCGGCCGGCCGACGUCUUCAACGUCUCCGUAAACUGUCGGACCUAACCGAUAAAAAUAGGAUUUGUCAGUGGUCGACGACAGUUUUUGUCCAAAACCACUUCGGCCGGAUGAUCACCCCUAAAAUUAUUAUAUGUUAUUAAACUUAAAUUACUAAGAACCAGAAAUAAUCUUUUCUGUUUUCCUUUUUCUUUUUCUUUUUUUUUUUUAAGCAAACUAAAAGCAAUAUUAAAAACCUAACACGUUUUAAUUUUUUUAAUGAAAGGGUCGAAUUGAGAGGAUUAUUAUAAAAAAGAGAAUAACUUUCAGAUCUCAUUUUGUAGAUUCAAGAAGCCAUUUAUUUAUAUAUCCUUCAUUGGGUUGCAUUUGAAGCAAAUAAUUCAAAAUAUUCCGACUUGCAGAAACCAAAAAACAGAGCCAAAGCGAAUGGAAUCACCUUCCAAAACUGCACUCGGGAUGUUAAUCAGUUUUCUCUUGUUUCUCUAUGCUCUCUUCUGGGUUUUAUCUAGAAGAUUACUAUCCAAUUCCCAACAACGGAAGAAACUUCACCCACCGGAAGUCGGUGGCGCCUGGCCGGUGAUCGGCCAUCUUCAUCUCUUAGGUGGCUCUGAACCAACAUACAAAAUCUUGGAGAAAAUGGCGGAUGCUUACGGACCAAUUUUUACGCUGAAAAUGGGAAGCCAUAGAGCUGUGGUUGUAAGCAAUUGGGAAAUAGCGAAAGAGUGUUUUACAACAAACGACAGAGUAUUUGCCUCUCGCCCCAAGGUUGUAGCCGCAAAGCAUAUGGGCUACGAUAAUACCAUGUUUGCAUUCUCCCAAUAUGGUCCAUUAUGGCGCCAUAUCCGCAAAAUAACCACCCAUGAAAUUCUCUCUAACCACCGCCUUGACCUUUUACAACACAUCCGCAGAUCGGAGGUUCAAAGCUCCAUUAACAAACUUCAUGAGUUAUGGGUGGUCAAGGGAGGCGAGAAAGUGUUGGUGGAGAUGAAGAAUUGGUUUGGAGAAUUAACUUUGAACAUCAUUUUUAGAAUGGUGGUUGGAAAGCCAUUUUCAACUGCUUAUGAAGGGAGCGGCGACGAUGGUGCUGAGGGAGUGCAGUUUCAAGUGGCGCUAAGGGAUUUUCUCGAAUUGUUUAUGGCUUUUGUUCCGUCAGAUUCGUUUCCGUUUUUGAGUUGGUUGGAUUUGGGAGGCUAUGAAAAGGCUAUGAAAAAGACUGCCAAAGUUUUGGACAAGACACUUGAUAAAUGGCUUAGAGAACAUGAGGAAAGGAGAGAUUAUAAUAAUUGUGGCGAAGGAGAGCACAAGGAAGAGGACUUCAUGGAUGUGAUGUUGUCCAGAGUUCGGGAUGUUGAAGAACUUGCUGGCUAUGAUGUUGGUACUCUAACCAAAUCUACAUGUUUGAAUUUAAUAUUGGGUGGAGCAGACACUACACAAGUAACCAUGACAUGGGCUCUUUCUUUACUUCUCAAUAAUGAAGAUACACUAAAGAAGGCCCAACUUGAACUAGAUGAACAAGUAGGUAGAGAGAGGUUGGUAGUAGAGUCGGAUGUAAAAAAUUUAUUGUAUCUUCAAGCUAUUGUGAAGGAAACAAUGCGUUUGUACCCUGCUGCACCACUUGCUGCCUUCCAUGAGGCCAUGGAAGAUUGUAAUGUUUCUGGUUACCACAUUCCUAGAAGAACACGUCUAAUAGUGAAUCUCAAAAAGCUUCAAAAAGACCCGCUUGUAUGGGAGAAUCCUGAUAAAUUUCAACCAGAGAGAUUUCUUACAACACAUAAGGAUUUCGAUGUUACAGGACAAAGUCCCCAGUUGAUACCAUUUGGGAGAGGCCGAAGGAUGUGCCCAGGAGUUUCGUUUUCCAACCAAGUUAUUCAUCUAACGCUUGCAAAUUUGCUUCAUGGGUUUGAAAUUGGAAGGCCAUCUCAGGAGCUAAUCAAUAUGGAAGAGAGUGUUGGAAUAACAAGUAUGAAAACAACCCCACUUGAAGUUGUUUUAACUCCGCGUCUUUCUGCUCGAGUUUAUCUAUGAUUAAGCUUCAAAAAUGAUUACAGACAAAAUGAAAUAGUGCAGUACGAGCUUGUGUUGGGUUUGGGUCGGUCCAAUAUA